AUGAGUGACAACUGUAACACACACAGUGCCUUCAAAUUUUGGUCCAAGAAGGAUAGAGAGACUACUGUCCAGCCUAACAUUCGAUUGACCUCCAACAAAUCCGACAUUUUAACAAAGGAUUACAUUUGGAUGACAGUCUUAAAAAAUGAUACACCAUAUGACGAAUACAAGUGUGUUCAACAACUCAGUGAAGUCACCAAGGUAUGGUCCAUCAUUUCCAAAAACACAAAUACAAAAGACAAACAACACUUCGACCAUAGUGUUGAGAACAUGAUACGCGAAAAUUAUCGAUUUGUGUGUAGCGAAAGAACACAAUGGGAAGAAUUGCUUUCAAAAACACAGAAAAUGUUAUCUGAGGCACAAAGCGAGAAUGAAACUCUUCGAGAGUGUAUGAUGAGGAACAACACUAAAGAAGUUAAAGAGGGGAGUGUUACACUUAAUACUAUAUAUAGUCAAAUCACCAAUGUGUUAAACAUAAAUGUUGCAAUGCAGUCAUCACUCAAAAGAAUUGAACAAACCCAAUUUAAAGAGUCAAAUAUGAAAUUACUUUCACCACUGCAAGUGACACAAGGUCUUCCCAAAAGUACUUCAAAUGAGACAACGAGUGCAACAAAAGUGACUCGUUGCGAAGAGAAAAACGCGAAAGAGAAACGGAAAAUUAAUUUGGAUUAUUGUCCCAGUACACAGCCAAAACACAUUGAUGACAACAUCAUUAUUACUGAUUAUAAAAGCCCUGAAAAUACUCAGAAACAGAUAGAUGAACACAAAGAGGACAUCGAGAAGGUCAAGACAAAACAAUUGGAAUUAACAGACAAUGAGAGAUGCACAUCGAAAGGGACUUUGAUGCCAACAAUAAAUAGGCUUUCUAUUUCUGGCAUGUCGAAAAGCUCUGGGGCGCUCAUCUCACAUUCAGUGCAAGAACAAGACUUAUUUUCAAUAGUAGAGAGGAGUCAAAGUUUCAAAUUAAUUAAAAUGCCCAAUAAAAGCAAUGCAAAUAGUAUCAGAGGUGAACUCUUUGUGUCUCCUUCUCUCAAAAGAAACAAGAAGAUAUUUUCCUUGUCUUCGACUCCUGUUACGUCAUCACUUGAAAGUGCAAUAGAAAACGUCAUACACUCUCCAAGAAAGAGUCAACCCACUAAUAUCGCCGAUAUCUCUGAAGUUACUACAGACGACUUGAUUCACAGAGAAAUGUGUUUGAAAAAACGAGAAGAAGACGUCUUACAGAAAGAAAUUAAUAUUCAUAAUAAAGAGAAGGAGGUGUUGGUCGUCCAAAUUGAAACAGAAAAUCAUGAAGAAGAGCUUCAGGCGUGGGAAGAUGAGUUGAAACAAAAGGAAGAGACGCUGAAUGAGAAACAAGGCGAUUUACUUCGGCGAGAGACUGAAUUGGAGAGUAAAGAAGAUGAGUACAAAAAGCGGCAUUUUUCAGAAAAGAAUGAGUGUGACAUAUCAACGUCAAAUCUGUGUAUAAAGCCUCAACCGUCGAAACAAGAAAUCUUUCGAACGACGUCCUGUGUUGAAGCACGACAAAUAGAAGAGUUAAAAAAAGAGAAAGACGAAUUGGUGAAGAACCUUCAAGAUAAACAACUUCGCGUGUGGACUCUCGAAGAGCAGACGAAGCGGAUUGAACGGAUUUCCAAGAUGAUGGACUUGAAUGAACCGAGUGAAGAAGAAGUCACUUCGUUUGUGGAGACCAUUCGUGAAAUUGUGAAUCGAAAGAAACAGAAAAUCCGGUUUGUGAUCACACAGAAACUCUCAGAGGCAUUUUACAGACCGACGACACCAAGUUCCAGUGUUGUGUCUCCACGGACUUAUAAUGAAAAGAGUGGAAAGAAGAAGCUGGAGAUGCAAGUCUAUAUAUCACCACAGAGUGAAAACAAGAAUGAAGAGCUCUACUUCCAGAAAGAUAAUUGCGAGGUGUAUCGGACGAUUUGUAAAGACUUUUACAUGAAGGAGAAAGACUAUUUAAGGAUCCUUGACGAGUUUUAUGAAGUCUAUUUGGAGAAAGUAGACUACUCGAGUCAGAAAGAAUUUCCGGUGGAAAUCAAAGAGACGUUUGAGCCCAUUUUAGUGUUAACCAAACAAAUCGUUUCGGAUUUGGACUUGGCGUUUUCGGACCCGACGACGGACGAGGAGGAAAAGUCGACUGUGAGGCUUGGGAGUAUUUUAGAGAACCAUGCGGAAUCAUUAAGAGUAUAUGCAAAGUACAUAUUGAAGUGUCCAUACUUUUUGGACGUGUUUCCCGUCUUUUCACAGUCACAAAAAUUGACCGAUAGCCUUGUGAAAAGUAUCACCGGAUAUAUUAAAAGGAAAAGAGCGAAAGACUCGGGGUUUGUGGGGAACACUCUCCUCCCCGUGUCAACAUACUUGGUUACCCCUAUUUUACACUUCACGGAGUAUGGUGCGGUGAUGCGCGACCUCGCGUUGAAUGUCUCGAAACAUCACUUUGACUUUGCAUCGAUUUGGAGUGCGUUUGAGAAAAUAGAGAGUGUCGAGGGUGAGGUCGAUAGAGAGAAGUCUUUGACACAACGGAAAGACAAUGCGAAGAGAGUUGGGAGUCUAUUUUUAAAAGACCCGGGACUACUCCCUGAACCACAGGAAUUAUACUUCUUUGGAUUUUUGCGAGUCGUUGAUGUCGACAAAGUGAAAGUCCAAGACGACGUCAUUCGAGUGUGUUUUGUCUUUGAAAAGUUGUUUUUGGUGAGUAAAAUCAAAACCUUCCAAGGAAAAGUGUUAGAAAAGAAAACUUUACUUGGGAAGUUUUUUCAAGAAAUUUCUGGGAAUGAUGUUGGAUUUUUAGACGGAUUUUGUUUGGAACCAGUUACUGUGUGUAGAAUGGGAGAAGACUUUACUGUUUCUAUUGUUAUGUCACAAGCAAUAAAAAACGCGUUCAUUUUCGAGGCAGAUGGAAAGUCAAUGUGCUUCUCAGCUUCCUCAAAAACACAACAAACAUUUUGGUGCGAAGCUUUGCUCCAUAAUUCUUUGUGA